AUGUUGGCGUAUGGUGCAUCUGCUGAUCAAGUGGAUGAGAUUUCCCGGAUGGGGAAGUCCACUACUUUGGAGUGUUUGGUUAGAUUUUGUGAUGCAGUCGAAACUCUGUACACCAGGGACUACCUGCGCAGACCUACGCCCAGGGACUUGCAACGACUUCUACAGAAAGCCGAAGUUAGAGGAUUUUCAGGAAUGAUUGGUAGCAUCGACUGCAUGCACUGGCAAUGGAAGAAUUGCCCAACUGCUUGGCAAUGCGAUUAUGGGAAUCGGAAAGGCCAAAAAAGCAUCAUCCUUGAAGCCAUUGCAGGAUUCGAUACAUGGGUUUGGCACGCCUUCUUUGGAGUUGCUGGAUCUCAAAAUGACUUGAACGUCCAAGGUCAAUCCCUGGUGUUCAACGAUGUUUUGAGAGGAGAAGCCCCGCAAAUCACCUAUGAAAUCAACAAUACCGUCUACCAGACUGGGUAUUAUCUAGCUGACGGCAUCUACCCGAGGUGGACAACAAUUUGUGAAAACACUUCCACAUCCCCGAACCUAGAAGCAAAAAUUAUUUGUCUUAUAUCAAGAAAAAUACAGAAAAGAUGUGAAGAGAUGCUUUGGUAUCCUCCAAGCUCGGUGGGCGAUCAUUAG